AUGGAGCUCGCCACUCUAAUUACCUAUACCUGCGUCAUAACCCCUGUGCUCAUAUGCGUCACCAAGCUCAUUGCCAAGACAUCACGUAAUGCGCAGCUUCCUCCUGGACCCCGGGGUCUUCCUCUUAUCGGCAAUGUACUAGAUCUCCCACGAGCUGGGCAGUUCGAGGCGCAUCACUGGGCCAGGCAUAAAGACUUGUACGGAAAUAUCAGUUCCGUUACUGUCUUCGGCCAAACACUCGUCAUAAUUAAUGAUGCGAAGUUGGCUCAGACCACCCUCAAUGAUCACUCAGCCAAACAUUCUAGCAGAUCAAAGAUGACUUUUGCCGGUGAAAUGGUUGGCUGGGACAAGACCUUGAGUUUCCAGCCAUACAACGAACAGCUUCGUAGACACCGCAGAAAAGCUCACCUUUGCCUCAAGUCCGAAGCGAGCAUCAGGUCCAAUGACACUCUACAGGAGAUUGAAGUCGGACAUUUCCUGCUUCACUUACUGCGGGACCCUGGCCGUUUGGUUGAGCACAUUCAGAAACAAGCUGGUUCUGUGAUCGUGAAGGUGGUGUAUGGAUACGCCGCUGAGCAGUUCAAACCUGAUCCUCUACUCAGUACUGUACGAAAGGUCGUAGAUGAGUUUGGCAUUGCGGCUAAGCCUGGCGCCUUUAUGGUUGACCUCAUCCCGAUUCUGAAACAUAUCCCCGACUGGUUCCCUGGAGCUGGUUUCAAAACUACGGCAAAGCAGUGGAGGACUAACCUCGAGAGCUCAGUUGAAGACCCCGCAGCUUUCGUGCAGCAUCAAAUGGCCAAUGGCAAGGAUAACAAAUCAUUCUUGUCUCAGCUGAUGCAGAAGAAGGGCUUGACAGAUGAGGAAGCUUCUGAGAAUAAAUGGCUAGCGGCAUCUCUUUACGCUGCAGGUGCUGAUACGACUGUCUCUGCGAUCACAACAUUCUUCCUCGCCAUGACACUUUUCUCCAAGGCCCAGAAGAAAGCGCAGUGGGAAAUUGACGAGGUCAUCGGGAGUGAGCGCUUACCAGCGCUAUCGGAUAGACAAAGCUUGCCAUACGUCAAUGCGCUUGUGAAGGAAGUUCUUCGAUGGCAUCCCGUCGGACCAAUGUGUCUUCCGCAUACAACCUCCCAAGACGACAUCAUCGACGGACAUCUCAUCCCAAAGGGCGCAAUGAUUCUUCCGAAUAUCUGGCAAAUCUGUCAUGAUCCAGCACUCUACCACGAUCCAAUGGCCUUUAAACCAGAGCGCUUUCUUGGGUCGGAGGCUGAGACAGAUCCGGGUCGUUUUGUCUUUGGCUUUGGGCGAAGAAUUUGCCCCGCGCAAGGCAUGGCUGACAAGACGCUGUUUCUCAACAUGGCGCAGACUCUGGCUGUAUUUGAGAUUACAGGGAAAGAGGGAGGUGAGAUGCCCAAGGCUGAGUUUACAUCUGGAGUUGUCAGCCAUCCGAAGCCCUUCGAAACUGCGAUCACGCCGCGAUCUUCUCAACAUCGUAAAUUGAUCGAGUCAAUUGAGCGGAUGCAUCCAUGGCAGAAGAGUGACGCAGACACUCUAGCAAACCCUCACAGAUAA